CUUUAACAUAAAUACUCUUCUCUUGAUCUUCAUACCUUUAUUACAAUACUACAUCUACCGCCAUCAUGAAUCCCUGUCAUCGCAGUCACAACUACUUCGUUAUUAGAAACCAAAGAAGUGGCUUGGUUUUAGAUGCAAGUGACUAUGCGUUAAAAAUCCAGCACUUCACCGGAUUUCCAGCACAGCUAUGGAAACUGGAAAAUGCAGCACCCGGAACAUUCUAUAUUAUGAAUAGGGGCAAUGGAAAAGUACUAGACAUAGAAGGAGGAAUCAAAAACGGCAACAAGGUGAUCACUUAUUAUAAACAUGGUGGAGUAAAUCAGCAAUGGUUUAUGAAUUCCGAUAAUACAAUUGUCAGUGCUGAAGGAAAUUUGGCGAUUGACAUCUGUGGCGGAAAUUACUACCCAGGGAAUAACAUAAUAGCAUUUAGGAGACAUGGGCAAGCUAACCAAAAGUUCCAUCUCCAAUAUCAAUAGUCUUUCAGUGUAGAUCAGUUAAAU